AUGCCGGGCUUAUUCGAUUUAGAAAGUCACCUUGUCUUUUACAGAUCAUACCACUUCAACCACACAAACGUGGCAAUCCACCUAGUUUGCAUCCCAAUCAUCCUCUUAUCAGCAAUCACCUUCUCGAUCCCCACGGUGUUCCCAUCAGUGUCAGCGAACCCCCACUUCAACCUCGGCACCAUUGUCGCGUGGGUCUACGGAUUAUACUACGUUGCAUUGGAUUGGAAAGUCGGCUUGCCGUCAGCCACGUUGCUUACUUCGUACGCGUACUUUAUCAGAAACUAUUACUCGACGCUUUCGGCAAGCACGGAUCCUACGCCUAGCGGAUUUGUCAAGAUUGCAGUUGGCUUGCAUGUUGCUGGUUGGCUAGCCCAGUUUUAUGGACAUGGCGUGCAUGAGAAGAGAGCGCCGGCGCUAUUGGAUAACUUGCUACAGGCAUUGGUCUUGGCUCCGUUUUUCGUUGCUUUUGAAGUAGCAUUCGUUUUGGGAUAUAGGCCACAAUUGAAGAAGGAUAUGGAUAACAGAGCAGGUAAAAUGGUGAGGGAUUUCAAGGCCAAAGAGAAGGUGGAGAAGACUAAGAAGAAGAUUUAG